AUGCCUCCCAGGUCGAAAAAGUCAAAGCCUGCUUCGACCCAUUCGUCUUCUCCUUCCAAGGCAAAGCCCGCUGAGGAUGCCAAGUCCGAGACUCAUACUGAGCAAGAUACGACUAAAGACCCGAAAGACAGCAAAGACGAGGAAAACUACCUCGACGAUGCUCCGCGUGCUUCUCAAUCCAACGCCGAGUCCAGUCCGACCAAGGCCAAGGCAACCGCCAAACCAGAAACCGCGGCUCAUACGGGAGAAGAGACAGCGCUCAAAGCUCGGGCUUCGUCCCCUGCUUCAGCGCGCUCUUCGUCCCCGGCCCCAGGCGAUCAACCAAGCACAAGCGCCGGCUCAAAGAGAACUGUCAAUGGCGUCACAGCGCUCAAGUACAUUCCGUUUUCGAUGGACAACUUUAUUGCCGGAUUAAACGACGAGCAAAAGAAGCUGUUACAGCUCGAGUGCGAGACGCUAAACAAAGUUUGGUUCAAAGUCCUCCAAGACGAACUUACGAAGCCGUACUUUAUCAAGCUCAAGCAAUUCUUGUGGGAAGAGGGAAUCAAGGACCCAGAGACGCUUUGUACCAAGAUUUACCCGCCAGCAAAGGACAUUUACUCGUGGUCUCGCUGUACCCCACUCGGACGCGUCAAAGUCGUGAUUAUUGGUCAAGAUCCAUAUCACGGCCCCAAACAAGCUCACGGUCUAUGCUUUUCCGUCCGUCCGGGUGUACAAGUUCCUCUUCCCUACGCAACACAGAUGUACAAGGAAAUCAAAUCGACCUAUCCUUCUUUCGAACCUCCCAAGCACGGAGCAAGUCAGGCAGGGAGCCAUGCAGGCAAGGGGUGGGAGACGUUUACAGACGCAGUUGUCAAGCUUUGA